UGCCUGUCCUACCCUACCCGGUAACAGAGUACAAGACAGUGUAUACCGCCCUCAAAAACUUUCAGGGUAUACUUGGUCAACUUAGGCAGGAUAAACUAGCUCUUGCAUGUGACGAAGGAGUUUACCACAUAGCAAGAGAAAUCAUGUUGUGGCGCCCAGUUGAAUUUCAAAAUAUUGUUGUGUGUCUCGGAUCGUUCCAUAUGGUCAAGAUUUUCCUCGGGUGUAUUGGGAAAUACUUGCGUGAUAGUGGAGCAGAAAGUAUUUGGAUAGAAAACGGUAUCUUUGGCCCUAACGUGACCCAGGCAGUCUUGGGUGGCUCGCAUUAUGUGCGGUCCUUGGCAGGUAUGACAUUGCUAUCGGAAACAAUGGAAAGACUCCAGUGGGAAGCAUUCUUUGAUGAAUUGGGCAUAGCAAAGUACCAGGGCCCUCUUGGCAUACUGAGGGAAAUGAAAGCAAGUGUCUCGGAGAAGGAUCGGUUAGAAAGUCAACAGCUGCUUGCCGAUUUCGCUACCUCAUCAGGUAUCCUGUUUGAUGACUUCGAGGAGUUCAAACGACAGAAGAGCGAGAGAAGUGAAACAUUUAGAUACUGGGCUACAUUCAUUGAUAUGGUCAAUUUGGCAAAGGACCUUGUGCGAGCUGAUCGGGAAGGGAAUUGGCAACUACACUUGGAAACUGUUGAGGCUAUCCUGCCUUACUUCGCGACAUUUGACUCGACCAACUACCUU